AUGGGGAAGAAAGAUGGCUUUGCAAACCCUUUGACAAAACAGCUUCAUGAUAUCAGCACAGCAAUGAUUCCAAGAACCAAGCUGGCAAUCCAUGAGAAUGUCACAGAAUAUGCAGAAGAUGAGUACUUAAAGGAAGAGACCGGCUUUAUCGUUCAGAAGACAGAGCUAUCUCCGCGCUUGUUUGGCGAGCCUACAAAUCGCAACCGGGCAUGGCGGAUUCUUUUCGAUCCUGAGAAGGUCUUUUGGAACUGCAUCUACACCUUCAAAGAGCUUACUAAAAUAUUCCUUGUUCCACAUGGGUCACCGUUGCGAGUGAGCCCAUUGAUAUUUCUUACUGCAACAGAGAAGGAAAUCAAGGUCCAUUCCAAAAUGCUAGAGGACCUCUCACCCUCAGAAGCUUACCAUUUGAACAAAUUCAUGGAACAACGGCCGAGCAAAGGGUUCUAUGACCUAUCAUCAAACCCUGACCAUCGACGGCGGACAGAAACCUCAGACGGUGCUCUCAUGACACUCACAACGAAUACUCACAUUUGGUCUUGUGAGAAGGAACGCAUGCUCACGGCAAAGGAAAUGUUGGCUACGCUGGGGUACCCCUGUCGAGCAACGAUGGCCAAUCAACUUCAGACUGAUGCUAGACUAGACUUUACCCAGCGCAUACUUUCAUCCAAUUUCAUUUUCCCUUGA